AAGUCUCGAAUAGCCAUUACUACAAACAGUGGCUAAAAAUCGCAAACUGUAUCUGUAAGAGAUGAUAGGGCUGCAUUUACGUUUUGCCGCUAGGUUUUAUGGGGAUUAAGAGUCAUAAUUGGUCUAGUUGAGGCAUUCUUCGUUCUUCAGAGCAAAGUUAUGCUCUGCAAUUUCGGUGUUUGUUUGUUUUUUGAGUUCAUUUGAAUGUAUGGUUCGGGAAGUAACAGAACGGAAAAAAGAGAAAAGGGACGGGACAAUGAAAUCAACGUUUAAAAGACAAGCUUCUGAGGCAAGCCACUCGGAGAGCAAAAAAAUGAAAUUGAAGAAGACCGAUAAUAAUAGCGGAAGUAAAAUACAAAACGCGGAGAGGAAAACGGAGAAGGGCUCAAACAAGAAGAAUCCCAAGUCCUUAGUCUGCUUAGAUGUUUCACAAAGUUCUAAAGGUGGAAGAAAGAUGAUUCAUGGUGAAUGUCUAGAGGUACCAAAGAAUGACAAAGGACAACUUGUAUUUAAAGACUUCCCACAGUUCCAACCUAACAUGUCACCUAAGGAAGUACUUCAAGCUGGCAGCUUUGGUGGUACCUAUUUCAGACCAAUAUUCUCAAGUGUCACAAAACAAAAUUAUAAAGAUGAAUGGAAGGAGCUCCCUGAGGAUUGGCUGAACGGUUUGAACAUUUCCACACAGGUGGCCUCAUUAACAUAUCGAGACAGUGUUAACACAUACAAAGUAAAGUGUGGAGGCAGUCUAGAAAUGUGGGAAAGCAGUGGUUGGAUUGUAACCCAGGAUCCAUAUGGGUGGUUUCAGUGGUACUGCAGGUUUUACCAUGGUCGGCGUACUAAGGAUGAUGAACGACAGAUUGGGCGAUGGGCUAAGUGCGCUGGUGUAAAAGGACGCUGGAGAAAUAAUCUGAUUACCAAAGUCGUCCGGUCAGGAUGUGGCUUUGACAACAAAACAAUCUCUCCUGUGGUCAGACAAACAUUACAACACUGGGGGUAUAAAUUGACCAAGGAGGACUAUGAGGAAGGUGCCAAGAAGGUUAAACAUAAGUAAAAUCCCCUCCUGCUGUAUUUAUUACACGGGUACACAAGUGCAUGAUUUAUACCUUUUUAUUUUUGUAUGUGUCAUUUGAGAUUCCUACUGUUAAUGCAGUUUUAAACUUUUUUUUUUGCAUUUUAUCUUGAAAUGUCUGUCAGUUACCUAUCGGAUGUAAUAGUGCACAGCAAAAAUAAAACGUAAAACAUAA